UCAGUCAUUUUGUCAUGUCUAAAAUCUUCUCUCUCCUUUUGACGUUCAAACCACACAAGAUACAAGACUAUCUCUUUCUUCUCUCUUUCUUUGGUCUUUCAACUACAUACGAAGCUUUUGGUAGAAAAGCAUAUAACACCUUUCUUAAUCAUCCAAAGAGAUGAAACAAUGGGUGGCUCUGGCUCCUUAAGAUAAAAAAAGAUCCGUCUUUAGUUUGGAUUUGGAUCUGAGCUGAGUUCUCUUUCAUCCAUCUUUGUUGGUGGAAUGGCGUCUGAGGAUGUAAGUGUUGUUGCGGAUUCGAAGAAAGAGGAAGAGAAUCUUGAUGUUGACAGUUCCAAGGACAAGAACAAACCUGAGAAUCUAGACUUAUCUACCGAGAAAACUGACAACGUCAAUGAAAAAGUUCAUGUAAAAGAAGUAGGCCUCCCUGAGACUGGUGAUGCGUCAGUGAAGAGUAAACCAGCUAAUAAUAAAGCUGUCAAGAAAAAGACAGGGACCUUCUCUCGUAGCCCAAGGUUCCUUUCUCAGAGCUCUUCUUUCCCUGCUAAGAGCAUUGAUGCAACACCAACAAAGGCUAGUCCUAAACCAAAGGCCACUCCAUCAUCAAACAAUGGUGUUUCUACCAAGCGCAACAGUUUAGUAUCUGUACCUAUUAAAAAGCACACAACGCCUGUGAAACCCAUUUCUAAGGAUGCAGCUUCGGUCCCUACUUCCAACAACUGUAGUUUGGUGGUAGAUGAAGUUUCUAAAGAUGAAACAACAGAAAAGAAGAAUGAGGAGACCCCAUUAAUCACGGCUGUGGUGGCAGAUAAAGUAUCUAAACCUAUAACAAGCAAGGAAGAUGAGGACGACACCCGUUCAACUACCACUUCAACUUCUACACCUCGUGGGCGGAGAAGCAGCGUUGGGUCUGCCUCUGGAUUUUCAUUUAGAUUGGAGGAACGUGCUGAGAAACGGAAGGAGUUUUAUAUGAAACUAGAAGAGAAGAUCCAUGCUAAGGAAGUGGAGAAGACUACUUUGCAGGCCAAAUCAAAGGAGAGUCAAGAAGAAGAGAUCAAAAGGUUGAGGAAGAGCUUGACGUUUAAGGCUGGUCCUAUGCCUAGUUUCUACAAAGAGCCUCCUCCUAAGGUUGAACUGAAGAAGAUACCAACUACUCGUCCAAAAUCACCAAAGCUAGGACGCAGAAAGAGUAGCAGUGAUGCAACAGGAGCUGAAGCUGGUCCUCGUGUGACAAAACCAACAGACUUAUCUACCGUGAAGAAACCGAUAACAAAGUCUCAGUCAAAACCUGAGACUCACGAAAAGUCAGGGAACGUUAAAGAAAGGAAAAAAGAAGGGAAGAAAGAAGAAGCAGAGAAAAGAAGAGAAGAAGAGAAGGCUUCUUCUGUGGCUGAUAAACCAGAAGAGAAGGAAGAAGAAGCAGAGGAAGAGAAGGAUUCUUCCAUAAUGGCUGCUAAACCCGAAGAUAUAGAACCAAACUCCAACAGCAUCCAUGUGAAGGCUGAGAUUAUGGCAAGUGAAGUUGCAGUGGGAGGCUGAUAAAAGCUAAAGAGAGCGUUUGGGACUUGGCAUUGAUCACUUUAUCUCUGCUUCUGCUUCUUCUUUCAAAAGCAUUAAUGUGAAUAGAGUCGUUGUUGCAUUGCGUCUACAUUUUUGAGUUACUCCAUUUCUUUAGUUCUGUUUCGGAAAACUAUGCCUCAGAUUAUUUCUUAAGUUAUAGUCGUUAAUGUUUGCUGAUUCAAAGUGUAAUAUUUUUUGAGGAUUGAAUAUGCAUGAAUUUUUGAAGAGUGGAAACA